UUGCCAGGGAGCGGCUGGCGGCUGACUUCCGUUUCCGGACGCUGAGGCACGCGGAUUCGGUGUUGCAACCCAGCGGGAAAAUGCGGCCUUUGACUGAAGAAGAGACCCGCGUAAUGUUUGAGAAGAUAGCGAAAUACAUCGGGGAGAACCUUCAGCUGCUGGUCGACAGGCCCGACGGCACCUACUGUUUCAGGCUGCACAACGACCGGGUGUACUACGUGAGCGAGAAGAUCCUGAAGUUGGCCGCCAACAUCUCUGGGGACAAGCUGGUGUCUCUGGGGACCUGCUUCGGAAAAUUCACGAAGACUCACAAGUUCCGGUUGCACAUCACAGCUCUGGAUUACCUUGCACCCUAUGCCAAGUAUAAAGUCUGGAUAAAGCCUGGAGCAGAGCAGUCCUUCCUGUAUGGGAACCAUGUGUUGAAAUCUGGACUGGGUCGAAUCACUGAAAAUACCUGUCAGUACCAGGGAGUGGUGGUGUACUCCAUGGCAGACGUCCCUCUGGGUUUUGGGGUGGCAGCAAAGUCUACACAAGACUGCAGGAAAGUAGACCCCAUGGCGAUUGUGGUAUUUCAUCAAGCAGACAUUGGGGAAUAUGUGCGGCAUGAAGAGACAUUGACUUAAAACGAAAUCAUCGCAAGGACUUGUGGCUGUGUGGAAGGGCCUAGCUUUGUUUCCUGUGUCUGUGUAGGCUCCAUCAUCAUGUUGAAUUUUGUCAACACUGACUUCUUCAGGGACUUCUUAGUUUAAUAUUCUCUCUAUUGCGAUUGAAUGCAGGCUGGAUUCUUAAGUGGAAAUGGUUCAAAAAUGGCAUUUCAGAUCUUUGUGUUUGUGACUAAAUAGAAUGCUGUGUUUUAUAUUUGAAUCAGAAGGCUUCUUGUCUCGAGUAACAGGUUCUAAGUCGUUGGAACUGAGGACAAGAAUAGCUAGCUUAUUGUUAUCUGUGAUAACGCCGUUUUCAAACUCAUGAUAAGAACACAAAGGAUUUUUUCAUUGUUUAUAUGAUGAAAGUUAGAUAUUGCCAUAUGAGAAUGGUAGGCCAUGUGUUGGAUUUUAUGAAUGAAAUUUGGAUAAAAUAAUAAGAGCAAUUUGUCCUGCCAGUUUUCUAUACGGUGGGUGUUGUGUGGUAUGGAAGAAAAUCUUGGAUCUAAACCCCAGUUCUGACACCUACCAGCUGUAUGGCCUUAGAAGUCAUUAUACUUUAAUAAGCUUAAUUUUCUUCUUCAAAAAAAAACAGCUUUAACCUAAAGAUGGUUUUUAGGAUUAGAAGUCACGUUUGUAAAGCACUUAAGCACAGUGCCUGGCAAAUGAUAGGUGUUAAAUGGUAAAAUUAUUUUUAUAUUGCA